AUGUACACAAAAUCUAGCACGAAAAAAGUAGAAGAAUAAGAAAAUUUCAAAAAGAAGGUUUUAGCUAGCAAGCCAGCAGCAAAGGGGCCAAGCUCUAAAACUUCUCUUAACAAUAUUGUGCCAUCUUAGACCAACUUGAAUACUAAGGAUUAGAAUAAAAAUAAUAAUAAUAAAAAUGCAAAUAAUAAUGCAGAUAAUAAAAAUGCAAACAACCAAAGUAAAGGCGAUUAAUAAAGAAAAGAUAGCUUAGAUAAUAAAAAUAAAAAAGAGAAAAAGAAGAGAAUAGUUUAUGUAGAUGAAAACAGUGACGAUACAGAGGAAGAGAUAGUAGUUGUUAAAAGGAAAAAAGAGAAAAGAAAUGAAUCUCUUGAUGAUAAAUAAAGAGGAAGAUCUCCUAGAAAUAACUCAAUUGAUGGAAAAAACUAAAAAGGAAAAGAGGUUGAUGCAAAAUUAAACAAAGAUAAAAUAAAAAUGAGAACAAGAAGCUAACCUUCUAUGAAACCAAAGAAGAAAGUUGAAGAAAAAAAGCCUGAAGUUAUUAAAAAACCUAAAGAUCCCUACAUUCUAGUUACAGAAUUUUACUUAGGGCAAUAUAAAGCACCUAUUUGCGGUGCAGAUAUCUUUGAAAUGUUUAAUUGGAAGGGUCAGUACGCCCAUUUAGACAUUAACCAUGCUUAUUUCCAUUGGUUGUUCCCUCACUUUUAAGGUCCUUUUGGAAAAGAAAGAGCUAUUUUAUUCAGAUAAAAUGCUGUUAUUGGAAAGAGAAUUAUUCAAAGCUAUGAACUUAUUCUAGAUUUUUAUGGGAUCAAAUUAGAUGAUGAAGCGACAGGUUAGGUUAGCAGAUUAGAAAAUUAUUUAGAAAGAUAUAAAGAAACUUUCUUAAGACCAUAUACUAACCAUGAAUUCAGAGUAAAAAGAAUGCUUUAAUUCCUAAAUGUAACAGGGUAUAGGAUAUAUGCUGUACAAUUAGUCAAAUUUUUAGAAAAGGAAGUUUAUAAAUUUGGGAAGAAUUUUGUUCCACCACUCAAGUCUUUAGAAUUAAUUUUCUAGACUGAGUGGAAGCCUUACGGUGAAAUUGAUGAAAAAGAUAAAAAGGCACUGGAAUCAGUUGCACAAAAGUGUCUUUUUUCAUUUGAUGUCCUUACCUAAGAAAUUAACUCCCAUCUAAAAACUUUACUUUGA